AUGACCCUGGAGUCCAUAAUGGCGUGUUGCCUCAGUGAGGAGGCGAAAGAAGCCAGGAGAAUCAACGACGAGAUCGAGAGGCAGCUCCGCCGGGAUAAGAGGGACGCACGCCGGGAACUGAAACUGUUGCUUCUCGGUAAGCUCCACAACACGGGAGACACACAAGGGGAGGGAGAGGAUCACAAAUUCCUCACACUGAAAAUACCUUUGUCAGGCCAGGCAGGGGGGCGGGUGUUUGUGUGUGUGUGUGUGUGUGUGUGGAUAGACAAAGGUGGGGGUCCACUAAUGGGACCUCCCACCUGUGUGAAGUUGGGUGAAAUGUGUCAAUGUGAGGAGUGAGGGCGCACAGAUUGGUGCCCAUGUAGGCCUGCACUGAUACUCGUGUAAAAACCACCUCAUUUGAAUAACUGUAGCAGGUUAGUGUUGAGGAAACAAAUACGUCUCCUAACCUGUUACCUUCAUGCACAGAGUGGCCUGACUUCACUAUAGAGGGCCCAUCCAGGCGGUGUAAGCUGGGCCAAAGUCUAGUGUUUUAUUGGGAGUAAUCAAGACUGAACCGCAGCCUAACACUAACUCUGGCAAUGAUUACAGCACAGGUGCUACCCUAUAGAACAGGCUGGAAGCACACUGUUCUAGCACAUAAACAUAUGUGUGGUGGUAUGCUUCAUUUAAACCUGUCUUUGUCUGAUUUCAAGCCCAUGCAACAAUAACAAAGACACCCCUGAUGAAGUAACUAUUCAUCUAGUUCUACUUCUUUGACCAUGAGUGACCUUAAAAUUCACCAUAAACCACUUUUACAAGAAAACUUUGAACUUUUGUAGGGUUAUCGUAUGGUAGGGGAGAGUGGGGUAAGUUGAGCCACCCCCUGUUGCUUGGAAAUGGUAAAAGAAAUUGAUCAUGUGACCAAGUAUUUAGGAGAUGGGCGUCAAUUCAUGGAGUUUGUGAAGGUUAGAGGCACAUGGGUGAAGGGGUUAGACAUUAAUCUAUGAGCUACAACAUGUGGUCAAAAACCUAGCAUUAAAGUCCACCAUUUUAGUUUAGAGGACUAAUAAAGUCAUAAUAGUAGUUCAGGGGUAAGUUGAAUCCAUAAAAUGUACAUAAAAUAUAUUUACUCCAUCUCCUUAAACCACCAUUGCAGUAGCGUUGUACGCACUCCACCACUUGCGCAGUAGCACUGUACGCAUUCGGCCGGAGAGUCACAGAGACGCUGUGAUGACGCUCUGCUCAAACAGCGUAUCCCCCGGGUGAGCUACAAAAUCCUUAAACGCCCAUAGGCUGUAUCAAGUGUCAAUCAUAGAAAACAUGAACCCCGUGAUUGUGUUCAGACCAAAAAAUAUAAUUUUGAAUUACUUUUGUGGUAUCUAUGAGCUACAACAUGAGGUCAAAAACCUAGCAUAAAAGUCCACCAUUUUAAUUUAGAGGACUUCCGUAUUUUUCGCACUAUAAGGCGCACCUGAUUAUAAGGCGCACCAUCAAUGAACGUGUCUAUACGCGUCUAUCUUCCCUAUCUAUUUAUCUAGUUCUACUUCUUCAACCAUAAGUAGCCUAAAAAUUCACCAUAAACCACUUCUACAAGAGAACUUUGGUAGGAUUGUAGCCUAUAGUACCUUCACAUUUUAACACUGUAGGGUUGUACAUUUGGGUGGGAAACAGAGUUGUCAGUACCAUCAAGAAGUACUAGUCAUUCUGAAGAAACAUGAGAUAAACAAGUCAUCCACUCACUGUACCGUUUUUAAUUAGAUUUGAGCAAAAAGGCCCAUUAGCUGUGAUGGCAGUGGCUGUAGAGAGUGGUGUCAAAAAACCUCUCUUCCUGUUCCAGUGCCCUCCUUGGAUAAAAAGCAGGAAAACACACCAUCCAGAGCCUCUCUCUGAAAGUGUACAGCAGAGUUUUUGCGUCUCAUACAGAUGUUUAAAAAGAUGUUUCACGUUUGCAUUACUAUGAGGCAAAAAUGACCAAAUUGACCCUCCCUCAACCGGACUGUAAACUAUGACCAAGUAGCGGUGUUUAUAUUGCGCUCUUAUCUCUUGUGACACCCAACAAUUGGCUCGUUAUGCAAGUAUAAUCUUCAGCCAGUUUCUCAAACAGGGAAAAUAAGUUUUAGGAGUAGCUGCAUUUUCACAUAAGAUUUAUAUUCACUUUGUAUUUUUAGCCUCAGCAGAUCCUGUUGAAACAGACGACUAUUCCAGAAAAGUUUGAUAUGAAAUGCAACGGGAAUGUGGUCUCGAGAAAUCAGGUUAAAUGGCCGUGUAGGACAGUGGAGCUGAAGAAAUGCUUAUACCUACACAAGUCAUACAAAAAGGCAAAAAUAGGAAAACACACUAGGGGAUCUGAAAUCAGAUUGAAAGCAGUUCGACACUCAUUUCAGGCUCUCAAUGAUAGUUUUCCUCGGAAAGUUGCACCAGCUGUACAUGGCUCUGUACGCACUUUAUGAUCUUAGCGUACUGAGCUUUAUUACUCACUAAUUGCUUAAUGUUCUGUGGGAUCCAUCUGAAAACUCUCAAGCCUAGUUUGGAAGUUUCUGAGAUCUCUCACAGUGUCUUCAGCUCGGGUUUUACCCAUCAAUUUUGGCUUUUAGACGUCAUCAAUAGCCUUUUAAACACAAUAAUUGUUUUGUAUCCACUGGGACUGUAGACAUCAGAGCCCACACAACACAACAUUUAAUUCAUCCUCAGGCCUUUUAUAUCCAUUAAGAUGUUGUGAACUAAUGAGGCGGAUGUAUCGAUUUCAACAAUCAUAUAUCAGGGCGCAUGACUAAACAUAACUAGCAUCAGUGCCGAGGGAGGGAUGGAUUUGAUAGUGUAACACUUAGGAGCACAAAAGGAUGUUUUAAAUUCCACCUGAGAAAGAUGAAGUCGCUCGUUAGAUUGAUUUGAAAAUGUUAAAACAAAUUAAAUAGUUUAAAACUCCUGGGAGGUGUUUAAGAUAGCUAUUAAAGUGAUCAACAUAAGCAAACUAGAACAUUAAUGACUAGAUUGAUAAUUUGCAUAAUGUUGAUGUAUCCACCUUUGUUACUUUGAGAUACAUUUUCUCAUUUAAAGACAACAAGAGAAGAUUUUUUACUUAUUCACAUCACUUUCACAAGGAGAUGAAAUCAGCAACAGUAUAAAGAUUACUACUUUGUCCACAGGGGGCAGCAAAAGCAACACAGACAGAAAGCUCCUCACUUAAGCUUUAAGCAGAGUCAGAAGGAUAACAGUAUGCCAAGUUUAUUCCUACAUAAAAAUAAACUUUAUUGUAUUUCAAAAGCUGGCAUAAGAGAGAGAGCAAAGGAAUUUUUUGUAGGAAAUGAUGUAGCUGCUUCAGGACAUAAUAGACCUUUCAUAUGAUGCUAACAGCGCCUUUCUGCAAACAAAACUGGAAAGAAAGUGUAUAAUAGGAAUUUUAAAAAGUUUAUAUAACGAUAUUAAAAGCUGAAACAGAUUACAAAAAUUGACAUGUCACUUUGAGAUCAUCUAAUUGAAAACCCUAAAGCAGAAAAGUCUUGAAACUUAAGAUUUUUUUCAGAUCAGCUGUCAUCAUUUCAACUCUAUUGUUCCUAAUCAAGUCUUAUCCACCGAGCUGCUCUUCUGGAGGAGUAGUGUGCAUGCUUUAAAAAUGACAAGACUCAUCGUUGAGAUAAAAUAGAGCGCUUCUCCUAUACCAGAUUUUCUAAACUUCUAAACCGAUUUAAUUCUUGUAAAGCGUCUGCUCUUUGAACCUUGACUUCUCUUACAGCAUGACAUUAGAUCUGCAGACACAUGAAGUUCCAGGGAAGAGAAGGUAGAAACUGCGGCUCUGUUACAUUCGCUGAGAUUCCAAAGCUGUGCAGUCAUGGGAAGUUCAAGAUGAAUAGAGAGGAGAGGAAAGCAGCAGCUUGGUCUUGGAAUGGGUACACAGUGACUGGAGGGACCUAAAGAAUCUAUGUUCUCAUAAGAAGAACCGGUACAUAAACUAAAUGUUCAGCACAUUUUGCUGCUGACUGUUUCUAAGUGUGUUUUCAGAGUGAUUAUCAUCCUUUAUGGACCCUGUUCUUACUUUGGUUCACAGAGAGAGAUUCUUGUAGUGCACCACAUAUCAGUCAUAGUGAAUGUGUUUUCUUAACUGGGGAUUAAUUGAUUAAUUCAGACAGUUGCAACUCCCAGCUUUUAGAAGGCAAAGACGUCUCAAAACGUCUUUACUGCUUUACAUCUGGGACCUUUAACUUUAUAGCUGACUAAUUUUGUCAGCUAAUCUAAUUUCCAGUACCUAUAUUGGUGUAUUGGUCCUGUAAUGCUCCAUAUAAGCAAUACUUCCUGUGAUACUUGUUCAUCGUACUUUUUAACCUCAUUUCUACAUGCGCUGCACACACCUGGUUACUAUCAUUUGGCAAGGACUUGAAAGUGUCGGCCGCCAAAAGGGUUAAACCGGAAUAAUUAUCAGACACGCUAUCAGACAAAUUGAUUUAAAAUGACUCAAUUAAAAAAGUGGCACAGCCAAACUUGACUCCUCCAGAGACCGUUGGACCUAGUUUGUGAGGCCUGUCCCCCUUUUUAUACUCUUACACACUCAGACAAGAGGAGUUUCCUCUGUAGUCACAGCCAAACAACUUUUUAAAUCAUUUCGGUGUCACGGCUUGUCCAGUCUGUAUUCCUGCGCUCACAUUUUGCAUAUCCUCCGUCAAAAACACUCGCAAAAGUGUGCGCUCACCGUCAGCUGUUUUUAUCGGGCAAAUAAAAGCUGUGGGAACUUUGUCAAGGCAGUGACUGAACAAAGUCCACCACAACCUUUAACAGGCUCUCAACAAACACAUGGUUGUAAUUGGGAGAGGAGAGAGCAAUAAAGAAGUCAUAUGAUUCUUGUGUGAGCGCAGCCAAGUUAAAGUGAAGCAAUAGAACGAGCAGAAUAAAAGUACAAAAAACCUGCUGAUGAUUUAGCAGUAUGAGACAACCCCACCGCUGCAUAUACUGCACUCAGUAUGGAGCGGUUUUAUAGUUUUAUAGUGUCAGCAAAAUAAAGAAUAACGAAAACCUUACAUUGUGUGGCAUUUUUCUUACUUGUAUUCAAGACUAGUUGACGCUGAUAAAUCUGUUGCGUGGCUUAAGUUUCAGACAUUUAUCUGCUCAUCUCCAAUCAUCACCUUAAGUUGUAAUUUCAUUCAAAUGUAGUAAUUUGUUGUUACAGUACAAAUAUCGUCUUUCUUGUCACUGUUGCUUGUUUGCUUUUGUAUAUCAUAAAAAGACACUCAUGUGCGUUUCAGCUAAAAAACUCCCCACUGGAGCUUUAAGUUUGUCACAGGGAUGUAUUUCAUAUGUGAUGCAAUAACUCAGUCGUGUUUUAUGUCAUGUAAAGAAAAAAAAAAGGUCAGUUUUAUGGUUUAAAGCUGAAGCUCCCUGCUAAUAAAAUCCCUGCACUGGCUCUCCUUGAGGUGCUGUUGACAGUGAAUUAUUCCCCUCCCCUUCACUCAUGCAUUUUUAAAACCAUAAUGGUGAAGCAUUGGAUCUUUUUUGCAUACUGUACUUUCUCUGUAACGGUUUAAAAGUUCCAGGCGUCUGUAGUAUUGCACUAGUCAGUGAAUCCCCCGGUCCGACAGACACAGAGUUCUUUCUUCUUUCUGUUUUUUAUUUAUUUAUGUUGGUAUCUUAUCAUCUCGCUUCCUCUCAGUCUGGCUAUGUUCUCAAGUCAGUCCUUGGUAUCCGGAUAUGGCGCUGAAUCAGACAUACUCCAUUCAUUCACGCUGACCUCAAACACGGGGUUAACACUGAUAGACUGCAUCAGUCUGAAAGAUGACUCAGCAGCCUCUGAUGGCCGGCGCACUCUCAUACCUAGCAUACCUGUUGCCUCUGUUUCUAUUCCAGCGUCUCCUCUUCGUGAUAUGAUAGAGCAGAUCCAGAUGUUGUUUUUUUUUUAAAGCCUGGAUGAUUUUGGCUAAAUAGUUUUUGUAGGAUGCACCAGUAUUUAUUCCAGUCUGAUUCACAACCAGCUAAAAACUCCUCAUAAGACCUUGAAUCGCUUCACGAAGAAGUCCGAAGAGAUAGGUCUUGUUUUUUUCUGCAGGGAGCAUUUUUCUUCAAUUAGUGGACUUCUUCAAAUUUACUGUUAAGUUGAAUCUUUGCUGGUACAGACUUUUAUUCACUGACCGACCUUAGGUUCCCUGUGAUAGAACCCCAAAGCCCAGCGGCAUCUUUAAUUCAAGUUAUGAGAUUACUAAAUAUUCCUUUUAUAAUUAUACUUAUAUAUUCCUUUGAUUUGUCUAUUUUUACACGAGACGCUGUGAGACAUGAACUCCCCUGCAGCUCUUGUUUUUGUCUGCGAAUACUACUCCUUGUCACUGAGGUUAAUGAUACAGUCAGGUGGACAUGGUGAGCGUGUGGAGAGCAGGUGGUCCCGCCCACUCUUUUGUGCUACAAAGUGAAUAUUUAACCGAUAAAAGAGCAGUGUGUGGAGCAUUAGUAUGGAGCGCUGACAAGCAAUUUGAAAUCUAAUUUGGAACCACCCAUCCAUCUUUUCCCCCCUGCAGCAGCAGCAGCAGCAACAGCAGCAGCAGGCUGUGCAAGUCGAUCCAGACAUCCCCAGAUGGGAUGUAUAAUCCCUCCAGCAAGCUCGUGGUCCACCUUGGGGUCUCUUCCCAGGUGGAUGUGUCUGGAAAUCCUCCAGAUCCUCUCAAUGUGGAGGAGUAACAGGAGCUCUCUCCAGAUCUCCAAGCUCCUAACCCUACCCCUAAGGCUGAGUUCGACCAGUCCUCACAACUGUUCCACCUUCACUUGUGACUUGAACUUCUUCAUGUGGGGUUCACUCCCCAUCUGGAGAACUGUGGCCUCAGACUUGGAGAUGCUGUCUCUCUUUGUAGGAGCCAUAAUGCUUUGCUGAUCGGCUAUCUUGUGUUCAGUUACUUUUGUCUGGUUGCUAUUGGUUUCGCUUGGCUUGGGUCACGUGGGAACUGUGUUUGAAAGCCGGUAGGUUAUAUAAGGAGUGGUCUCACCUGCACUGGGGUGGAGAGGUGAGCCUAGGUAGCUGUAAUAUUUGUUGACCGCGCUUUCUGUUCUUUCUACACAUCGCAAAGUGUACACAUAUUCUAUCUGAUGUGUGUGUGUAAAUCAUUGGCGACUGUAGAAGCGUUUUUUUCUGUUAUUAAAGCUCUGCAAACUUCGAUGAACUGUGGAUGCUUCUUUGGAACGGCAGCGGCAUGUCACACAAAUACACAGGACCUAUCCUCUGCUUCAAGCUACUCUUCCUUGGGUACUGUUUGUAUGCAUAUAAUGUAUUUUAUUAUGUUUAUAAUGAGCAACAUUUAAGGCUAAAACUGGAGUGGGCAUUAAAAACCAGUUGAGUGAGCAAAUUCAAAUAUGUACAUGACUUUUAUAGCAGCGUGUUGUGAUUGCUUUUAGUAUUUUUAAGUCGAAGCGCCCUAUAGCCUCACUUAAAGGACACUUAAAAUGUAAUCCUUGUAACUCUGGUUUUGUCGUUUCUCCCUUCCUGCUCAUUUCAGACGUCUAAAUUGUAAACCCUACAAUAGAGAAGCUCAUUUUCUCGAGGUUGUUGCAUUUCAGCACCAGUUUAGUCUGCAGCUUGGUUUUCUGGGGUGAUUAGUAUGUAUUGCUGGCCCUCAGUGAGGAGGAUAAUUUGGCUAAACAGGAUUUAUAUUAUGUAAUACUAAAGCGGUGAAAACCAUGCAGACUUUUAUAGAUGGGACUGUAUGUCACCCUGGAAUGCACCACAUAUACACUGCUGCCUGCCAAAGUUAUUCAAGAGUUAGCGUUGAGGUAAAGUCAGAGCGUUCAGUCUGUGUGCCGACAUUCUCAAUGAAGCGGAGAGAAACUCAGCCCAGCUCUUCACACCCAAACAGUCCCUGUCACCGCGGGGAGGGGAGAGAAGUUGCUCUUGGUCUGAGACCAGACAAAGCAAACAGGCUGGGAGGAAAGGAGCCAGGACAGGACUUAACUGACUGAGUGUUUGAGUGGGUGCAUGCUAUAUGUAUGUGUAUGUGUGAGUGUGGACACCUUUCAUACAUGCAUGUUUAUUCAGAGGGAGAGCGAAAGAAUUAUUACGAUUAUGAACUUAAAAUAUUUUUUUUAUGCGUAACUUUGUGUUACUUGAACUUCACUUUAAAGCUCCAUUUGUCAGGUUUUCUACAUCACAAAUAGAUGCUGACCAUGUCUUUUCUACUCUGUCAAAGUAAUGUACUUCAUAGCUUCAUUUUCAUACGUCAGUAUUUUCAAUCGUCGAUCAGACUUAUACAAAGGUUUUAUGGGAAAUCAGCUUUAACUGGCUCAUCUUAAGUGGGAAACUUGAUUUCUCACAGGACCUGCACAUUCACAAAAAGCAAUUCAUUCAUAAAAGCUAGACUGAAAUGUUUAAUUUUCUUGGGAAAGUCAUCUUUUUUUAAUUAAGCUCGAGUUCAGAGAAAGAAAAGGUUUCCAUCAAAUUUACUGAGUAAUUCGACUGUAUGUGUCCUGAUGUUUUAACUGACAGUCUUCAGUAGUGAAGCUGCAGGGUCCUCCCAGCAGUUCAUUGACUCUUAGACCUGGUUUAUUCAUCUGCGUCAUACCUAGUAUGUCGAGGCUUUGCUGUAGUUGCCCAUAAAGAAGCAUAAACCAGACUGUAUUCAGAGCCCAGAUGGUGCCUUUCUACAAAAGCAAAAGCUACAAACUGUGUCUGAGUCAGAGGCGCCAACUGUGAAACUUCAGGCUUUCUUGUAAGAACUCCAUCCUCUUUCCAAAACUUUCCAUUUUUGAGAAAAAGACAACUUUUAUCGUAAGUUCACAUGUUUUUUUUAAUUUCCCAAAGGAGACUUAGAAAAGUCACAAAUAGAAACUUGUCCACACGGUCUGAAAACUGGUUAGAUGAAACCGUCUGCGGACAACAGAAACAAACUCUCUUCAUCUUUCUCCUCUCUCUGUUUUACUUCUCAGGCACUGGAGAGAGCGGGAAGAGCACCUUCAUCAAACAGAUGAGGAUUAUUCACGGUGCCGGGUACUCUGACGAGGACAAAAGAGGUUUCACUAAACUGGUGUAUCAGAACAUCUUCACAGCCAUGCAGUCGAUGAUCCGAGCCAUGGAGACGCUCAAGAUCCCCUACAAAUAUGAGCACAACAAGGUAAAGAGAUCCUCUCAGCCAAACUGUGUUUGAGAAGAAGCAGAUUUAAAGUUGUCGAAUGUAGUGGAAGAAAAGAUGCACAAAGUGACCAAACUUAGUUUAUUUUUAAAGAGAGCUGUCUAUCUCAGUAUGUACAGCCAUCCGUAUCGUUUCCUGUCCUUUUUGACACUUCCUGUCUUUAAGCCCUCUCCGUCACACUGUGUGUAUUUGUGUUUGCUUCACUGUUUCUGUGAAUAUCCAGGUGUAAAUGCAAAAAAGAGAGCGCUGCCCCAUGACAGUCUUUUAAUUUACACCUUGUUUGCUGUAAAUAUCCUUAAACAGGAUCAUUAAUUAGUCAAUCAGACAUUUUUGUGACUUCUACUCACAGUAGUUUGGAUAAGCGUGUCAGCCUCAUCAUAUGUACAAAGCUUUUGUUAAGACUUACUAUUUCAGGUGACAGCUAACCACAGUACUGCUUCAGUUUGUCUGUGCGGGGCCACAAGCUUGACAGACUAAUAUCAACAACCACACGAGAGGAACCAUAGGGCUUGUGCUAGUUUUUAUGCAGCCUGUAGUUCAAAUCAUAGAGCAUAAAGAAGAUUAUUUUAUUGAUGCAGUUCAUAAAAAAUUCACAAGUUAUUUAAAAAAAAAAAAAAGGUUGCAGGUCUUCAGGCUACCCGGCCAAACAGGAGACCUCAAAAGCUGCUGGUCCAAAUUCCAGCUCUACAUAUAGUGUGUAAUAUAUGUAAUAUACCUUUACUGUUAGACCUAAUGAUAUUCAGGUACAAAGCAGGUUAGCAGUUCAGCUAAAAGUUCAUCUGUGCCGUUUGCUCCAGAUUGGAGCUGUUAGCAACAUUCCUCUACGCGUGCAGAUCUGCACUGUGCACUCUCAUCCUGACUGCACCAAAUUAUAUCUACAUAUAUAAUGAACUGAUUGGAGAAGGAAAGUCUUUACCUGUUUACCUGUAGAACUGAUUCAUGACAGCUGAAUCUCACAAUGUAUAUCCCACUUAUUUCCUGGAGCAGGAUAGCCGAUGACAACUCAAUCAGGUUUGACAAAAACCUUCAGUCUUGCUAAACGGUACAGCCUGUAUUUGCAGGAAUUGAGCCCCAGUACUGAUUCAACCCCAAAUUAUUAUAAAAACUGUAAUAUCAAAUAAAUAUUAGCAGAAAUUUAUUUGUAGGUCAUAGAGAGGUUUGUUGUCCUGGUCACUUGGAAGGUUUCUCACUGACAUGUUAAAGUGCGUCAGUGCGGAUAACCACCAGCUCUCAGCAGACAUUAAUGCAUAUUGUCCCAUAUAAAUGUAUGUAAAUAACUCAGACACACAGGUACUUUGCUCUGCACUGCAGUCUGUGGAGCAUGUAAUUUUUUGUACAUACUUUGUGAAUUAGAGGAUGUCUUUUUACGUCAUUAACACAGGUUGAGCAGUCACAAUAGCAAUGCAAUCCAUAAACUAUAACACUUCAAAACCUUUGAACCUGGUUUGGAGUUUAACAGGGACUUUUCCACUUUCUGCUGUAGUGGUAAAAGACCAUUCUCUAUGCUUGCUUCCACUUCCCUUAAGCGGAGUGAGAGUGAAACUGAAUGUGCUGUUUCAGCCGAGCAGAUUCACCACCUCUCAGCACGCAAUGAAAACAACACGAACAAAGCAUGUUCCUUACAUUAGCUGUGUAGAAAUAGAGCAGGUCGCACCAUUUUGAAUCACAGUUUGGUAUUAAGUCUAUCUUAUGUUUGUGUGAUGACAUAAGUCUGCUUACGUAGGUGACUGAGUGAGGGAAACAACAAACAACAUGUACAAUAAAGGUUCAGUUUGUCGUUUGGUGAAAUUUAUCACAGCACGCCAAUUACAAUUUGAUAUGAGUGACCUUACACAAUAAGAGUCUUUUACACAGUGGGGGGAAUAAUUUCACCAUUAUAAUUUUACAGUGAUUUGAACAACAACAUGAGAAUUAUCACUAGUACAUCAUCGUUUAAUGUGAAAUGAUUCAGAAACGGUUUCACUCCUCAGGCACAUGCUGAUUUUUUUUUUUUUUCAUCAUGGGACACAGGAGAGUUUCAAAAGGAAUCUGGGGCGGUAAAACUUUCCCCUUUAAUAGGCCCAGUGGGAUUCAAAUAUUAGAUCCGUGCUAAGCCUGAAGGCGUAAAGAAGUUCUAGAUAUGAAAUAUGCGAGUGAGAAAAUAAACCAGUGACCUGCAUGCUGAUCGUGUGUAAUGGUUGUAGUUUUUUUUAAGGUAUUCAGAAAGUUUCAGGACGUUUUUAUGAGUGAAGGUUUUGUUUUUUGUUUUUAAUGUAGGACAUGUGAGUGUCAGUGUGUGUAACUCCAGUUUUUCUGCUUUGUCUCUUCUUCAGGGUAACGCCAACAUCGUGAGAGAGGUAGACGUAGAAAAAGUCAACUCAUUUGAGAACCCUUACGUAGAUGCAAUCAAGAGCUUAUGGAACGACCCGGGCAUCCAGGAGAGUUACGACCGGAGGAGGGAAUACCAGCUGUCUGACUCCACUAAAUAGUGAGUACGGUGAAAUGCCACACUAGAGAUCCUCUCAACAUGAUAAGGCUAAAUAAACCAAAGUACUCGUCUCCAAUGUUUCUGUCUGUAGUUAUCUGAAUGCGCUGGAUCGGAUUGCACAGCCAGUUUACCUUCCCACCCAGCAGGAUGUGUUGAGGGUUCGAGUCCCCACAACGGGCAUCAUCGAGUACCCGUUUGAUCUGCAGAGUGUCAUAUUCAGGUGGGUGGAAACGCAUUUUCAGCAUCACGAAUCAUAUCUGGGAUGAUAUACAAAACAACUGGGGUCUUUUUCUCUCUGUGUCAGGAUUCUACUUUGCAUAAUGACCCCUCAGUGUACAUAAAAACAUCAAGUUUUGAUUUUGAGACGCUUUUAUUCAUUCAAAUUCAUCUUUGCAGCUAAAACUAGUCCCCAGGUUAAACCAGAGUUAGAUUUUCUCUCUUAACCAGCUGUGAAACACUGCCAUAGCUCAUACCAUGUUGCAGUUUGUGGUUGUUUUCUUCAAUUUGGUUGAUGUCCCUUUCUCUCAGCUUCCUUGUACGCUGUCUUUGGGUUUUCUCUUCACUGCUGUUGACUGAUUGGUGAUUAACUUUUUGUGCUUCCCAAAUAAAUCAAGAGUAAUAUAAAAAAAAAAUAUCCACCAUGUUGGUUACUUGGAGUUUAAACUUUUGCCACAUUGUCAACAGGAAAAGAUGAAAUCAUAAACUGAAUAAAUAAACCAGACACUUGGAUUAAUUUGUCAUAAUGUACAUGCUAUUCAGUGUUUAACCAAUCAGGAUCAAGGAUUUAACAAAAAGACAGGACACAUGAUUUAACCAGAGCUGAAUUAGAGCUCUAGCUUGAAUAUUUGGAUAAAAAAAUGAUUGUCUUACUCAGGUCGAGUUAUGAUAUAAUCAGCAAUCAUAGUCCACUGUUCUUAUAUGAAUAUUCAAAUAACUAAAAGUCCAUUUAUUGUGAAAACCUCCCAUAAAGUUUCAGUGGACGUACUUUCAUUGCUGUUCUGUUACAGGAUGGUGGAUGUUGGAGGUCAGAGGUCGGAGAGGAGGAAGUGGAUCCACUGCUUCGAGAACGUCACGUCCAUCAUGUUCCUGGUAGCGCUCAGCGAGUACGACCAAGUGCUGGUUGAGUCAGACAAUGAGGUGAAUCAUCAGUACACCCAGACACAAACUACAUCAAACUUUGUUACACAUACAUUAUCUGUUUUCUCAAAAGUACAUUUUCCCUCUAAAAUAUGUGUCGUGUUAGACCGGUUGUUUCUGAGGAAGAAGAAGAAGAGUUUAAGUCUAUAUUUAAAUCAAUGAAAAUCAGAUUCUCCUCCUGCCAGGAUGUGUCCACCUCCUUUUCCCUUGGAAAGCAUUUGUAAAUGAUCAGCCAGCUGUUUUGAAUACCCCCUCAGGCCGUGUCUCCAUUUUUAGAGGAUGAGGCCUGCGUGUCCGUUUGUUAAAGUGUAUUAAUGAGCAGGUGUGUCCGUCUGUUUUCUUUCUGCCGCCACUGAAAACUCGUGAUCAGAGCAGCUGCACGUCCUCAGUGUUCUGAUGUCGUCACAUUGGUUUUUAAGUUACCGUAGAUGUCCUGUUCGGCGCUCUUCAUGCUCUGUAGCUCAUAUGAUGGGGUGUCUGAGGGUUGCUUUCAGUGUGGUUGUUUUGUUUAAUUAAACUCUGAAUGAAGUGCAAGAGGAGAUAUUAAAGUCUUGAAGGCAACAUGGCCGCCCCUCCCUCUCAUCUUUACUGCUCCCCCUCUGCUGCGGUAAAGCUUUUAUUAAAAUCUGUAAUUAAUGAGUAUAAAAGACUGCAGUUUAAUUAAGUGGUUAACACUCUGUCCUCUCUCUCUCUUUCUUUUUUCUCUUAAUAUGUCCUCCUCCCUCCAUCCUUUCUCCCACCCUGUCCUCACCCACAAAAUGACUGUAGAACCGGAUGGAAGAGAGUAAAGCUCUGUUUAGGACAAUAAUCACAUACCCUUGGUUCCAAAACUCCUCGGUCAUUCUGUUCCUCAACAAGAAAGACCUCCUGGAGGAGAAGAUCAUGUACUCUCAUCUGGUCGACUACUUUCCAGAGUAUGAUGGUAAGUAACAGCAUCAGCAGCAGUAGAAACAUAAUAAAACUUGACCGGUUCAGACAGAAAUACUUCUUUGCUUAUCUCAGUACAUGUCUGCUAAGGAUGUCCACCAACCAAACCACUAAAUUUUGUGACCCUGGAUAAUCAGAACAGAGUCAAGCAGGUUUAAUGAAAUAUUAGUAUAUCUACAGUGGCAGGCCCAGAAUCCAAGACAGAUGUUGUCUUUGAGGUGUAGUACAGCCACCUGCCUCUAGCUGGAGCUAAAACAAGCACAGAUGACAGAUGGUGUCCUAUAGCACAGCAUAUUUUGACCGUGUUUUGAUCUAGAAAUAAGAGAGGAAGUUACAGUUUAUGUUGACUUUGGCUGGUUAAACCAACAUUUAACUCAGCUCUACUCAAUUCAACUCAAACUUUAUUAAUAGAGCACAUUUAAAACAACCAGAGGUGACCAAAAUGAAAACUAAAAUACAUAAACACAGUGCUAUAAAAUGGAAUAGAAUAAACAAAAUUAAAAUUCGUAAAAAGUGUUUGCCAUAAGUCUACUUAGAACACAUAGUAGAGAUAUGUCUUUCCAAGGCAGGCAUGUUGAUAUCAACCUGCAAGGAUGACCAUAGGCUGGUGGUGAUAGCUCUGCUCAUGUCAGCCAGACUUCACAAACCAGUGUGUCAUUGUUUACCAACAGACUUUGAAAUACGAUGUGUAGAUGUGUUAGCUAGAGUGUGCUGAGUUUUCACUCUUCUCUUACAUCUAGACUUGUUAGCCAAUCAGAUUUCACCUUUUUAUUUAAACGACUAGGUAAUUCACGACUUCAGAACAUUCCUAGUCUUGGCUGUGGUUCAUAAACAGUAUAACUUUUAGAGACAUGUCAAGUGAGACAACAGGCAAUUGAAUUUCCCUUCAGUGAUUUAUAAAGUUUUUCUUAUUCCUAUUCUUAAUACAGGAAAAUCUUAACAGCCACAGUAUGAUACUGUUGAUUUUUGAUGCUGUUUUUAUUUAUGAGAAUACACCAGAAUUUGUAAUUGAAAUAAAAUUUAGACGUUUGUUAACGCAGCUAGGAGUAUCUUAAAGUUUGCCAUGCUUUCCAUUUAUUUCCUUCAUUCCCUAUUUGAAAUACUGUUUGUAGUACAUUUCCUAUUUUAGACUACUGAUUCAACUUUUGAUCCAACCAAAUUCAAAUAAUGUCCAAACCAUAAAAAAUAUCAUCCUUUGUUGGAUUGCAAUAGAAAGAAACCUUUACUAGGCAGGCAUGUGAUGAAAAAAAUCUCGCUCUAUUAUCUGGAAGAUGUCACUCAUGCAGCAUCAUCUCCUUCCCCCGCAGGUCCUCAGAGAGAUGCUCAAGCAGGGCGAGAGUUCAUCCUGAAGAUGUUUGUGGACCUGAAUCCAGACAGCGAUAAGAUCAUCUACUCUCACUUCACCUGUGCCACUGACACAGAGAACAUCCGCUUUGUCUUUGCAGCCGUCAAAGACACGAUCCUGCAGCUCAACCUGAAGGAGUACAACCUCGUGUAG